AUGCUAGUGCCACCGUGGCUCUGCCUUCAGCUUCUCGCGCUCUCCUCUAUGAUGACUAUACAGGCCAGCAAAUUCACCCCCGAGGUGCUUCUCUCGGCGCCGAGGCGGUCUUCCGCCGUGCCCAACCCGUCCGGCAACAAAGCCUUGUACACCGUGUCGUCCUACUCUUUCCAAACCCACAGCAAGACGAGCCAGAUUCGCGUCAUUGAUGUCCACAGCGGCCACUCGACGCUGUUGUACGAGGAUGGCUCGUACAGCGAGCCGACGUGGAUCAGCGACAAGGACAUUCUCUUCUUCAAGAGCGGCGACAAGGGGUCCACGAGCUUGAUGCUCGGACACUCCGGCCUCCCACAAGUAGUCCAAGAGAUUCGCAACUUUGACGGCAGCCUAUCCAACCUCAAAGCCUACCGCCUGUCAGAUGAAGAGGUCGCCAUCGUCUGUUCCGCCCCGACGACUCUGUCCGGCGCCAUGUACCACCCCUCGUCUGAGAGCAAGGCUCUGUCCUCCGCCAAGACAUACUCCACCUUGUACGCCCGUCACUGGGAUGCGUGGCAGACGGAGAACAGGAACUCUUUGUGGUACGGCCUGCUCAAGAAGAAGGGCGGCUCCUAUGAGCUCCAGGGGCCCGGCUUGGUCAAUGCUCUUGAUGGCACCAAGCUCGAAUGUCCCGUCCCGCCCUUCGGGGGCACGGCUGACUUUGACAUUGGCCGACGUUCACCGAGGAGAAGCCUGCUCCGCCUCACGAGGGUUAAGACGGGCAACCUCCAGGGCUACGCGGCUGCGCCCGUCUUCUCUCACGACGGCAAGCAGGUUGCCUUCACCAAGAUGAAGAGCAAGCAGUACGAGUCUGACAAGCCGCGUCUGCUUCUGAUCCCGGAUAUCGCCGAACUCACCGGUGUACAGGAGUUCUACGUGACAAAGGAUGAGGUUGGCGGCUGGGAUGCACGCCCUGAGUGGAUCACCUGGAGCAAAGACGAUAAGGAGCUUUAUGUCGCGGCCGAAAAGCACGGGCGCGUCAGGUUGUGGAAGCUGCCGUCUUCCCCAGAAAAGGCCGUAGAAGAGCCCGAGUCUAUCUUUGAGAAGGGAUCCAUCAUCGAAGCCAGACUCCUUCCCGGUAGUGGUAAACUCCUCGUCAGCUCCAACUCACAAAUCGAGAGCUCUCUCUUCUCCGUGCUGGACCCGUCGAGCAAGAAGCUGGACUACGUGUCCUCGAGCUCCAAGCACGGCAAGACAUUCGGCCUGUCGGAGAAGCAGCUGGAGAACUUCUGGUUCAAGGGCGCCGAGGGCUACGAUGUGCAGGCGCUCGUUGUCAAGCCGUCCGAUUUCGACGAGAAGAAGAACACGCGUUGGAAUCCGGCCAUCUUCGCCGAGCAGGGCUACAUUGCCGUCAUGCCCAACCCCGUGGGCAGCACGGGCUACGGGCAAAACCACACUGACGCGAUCCAGAGCCAGUGGGGUGGUCUGCCUUAUGUAGAUCUGGUCAAGUGUUUUGAGCACAUUGAGAAGAACCUCGACUAUGUCGAUAUUGACCGGGCCGUGGCACUGGGUGCUUCUUACGGCGGCUACAUGAUCAACUGGAUCCAGGGCAACGAGCUCGGACGCAAGUUCAAGGCGCUCGUGUGUCACGACGGUGUUUUUUCGACGCUCAACCAGUGGUCGACGGAGGAGCUCUUCUUCCCGUUGCACGACUUUGGGGGCCCGAUCUGGGAGAACCGGGCGACAUAUGAGAAGUGGGACCCGGCGACGAAACUUGCCAACUGGUCGACGCCACAGCUGGUCAUCCACAACGAGCUCGACUAUCGGCUGCCCAUCUCGGAGGGCCUCGCCAUGUUCAACGUGCUGCAGGCGCGGGGGGUGCCAAGCCGGUUCCUCAUGUUCCCCGACGAGAACCAUUGGGUUCUCAAACCGGAGAACUCGUUGGUGUGGCACAAGGAGGUUCUUGGUUGGAUCAACAAGUAUUCUGGUGUAAGCAAGUAA